UAUUGCAACGUUAUCGGAGAAUGUGAUUAUCUAAAGUAAUAUUACUUCGUUUCAUUUGAGCUUCGGCUAUAGAUUGUUGCUUUUUAUAACGAAGAAAAAUGCUGGAAUAUUUUGUACUGUCAAUUUUCAUUCACCUCUCAUUUGGAUCCUGCCCUAUCGGUAGAUGUAACUGGUUUCCGUGGGAGUCUUGGUCAAGUUGCAGCCGAACAUGCAGUGGUGGUUUACAAAGUAGAUUAAGAUGGAUCUGUUGUGAAAGCAGUUUGGCGAACGAUAUAGAUGCAUGUCUUGAUAACUGUAGGAUAAGCCACUCUACAUAUGUCAAUGAUGGUCGUGAAAUUGCAGUUUGCAAUCCGUACUGUUAUAAUGGAGGUACUUUUGUACAAAGAGGAUAUUGCACUUGCCCUGACGUAUAUUAUGGAACUUGUUGCGAACAACUUUGUCCAAGUAUUGAGAACUGCAAGAGGGGAUACUGCACUUCUUCAUCGAAUGUAAACUGUCACGAAUGUUUCUACGACAAAACAUUUUACAAAAGAACUUAUUCAGAUACAAAAUGUGAACGUAUGUGCUCAUGGAACAGUCACUACUGCUGGCCAGGCGAAUGCUCCGAGGAACUCACACGAGAAUGUACCUGUGCGAGAGGCUUUAAAAGGAUAAGAAAUACUAGAGAAACUUCCUGCCAACCGGCGAAGGUCCCUUCCAUUCUUACAUGUAACUCGGUAGCUGUUGGUCCUAAAGGCGAGAAAAAAAGGGCUCUGAGCAAUGGAAAUUCCACGACAUGUCAAUAUCUAACCGAUAUGUAUGGCAAAUUUCAGCUGUCAUUAUUUGAGUUCGUUAUGGCUGCAGAAUAUACAGUUGACAUAACAGGUUACACAAAACCUAGUUUUAUCAUGGAAUCAAACUUUGGCAUUACUGAUACUACAAUAAAUGUGAUCAAAGUAUCAGUCAGAGGUGCCCGUUCAACAGUAAGUACCCACAAGCAGCUAACAGAUACAAGACAUAGUGAAAAGACAUUUCAACAUCAACACGACGAAGGACAUAUUUCCGUAGCAUCACCUUCCUACAAUCUUUUGGACGGUCAGGCAUUAUGCCUUGAAUUUGAAGCGCUAGCUGGCGGUUACUUAAAAAGCAAGAAUUUAAUAACACAUACCGUAUCUGCAGCUGUGCCGUAUCAAAAGGUCCGUGGUACGCGGGAAAUAUGUUAUAGAUUUGACAAUACGGCUCCUAUACACUGCAAAGACAUCGGAAAGUGCAAUCAGGACCCUGUUCAACUUCAAAGUCGUAUUACACGUUCUGCUGUUACAAGUGUUUCCUUUAAUGGAUGGGAGGAUCCAGAACCGUCUGGUGGCUCGUCUGUCCAUGCCUCUUCUAUUGAAAGUUAUCAGAUAACUGUAAACGAAGUGCCACCCUCGACCGGUAAUCUAAAAGUUGACUAUUUGACGAAUGUAUAUACGAACAAAGUUGAAUUCGAUGAGAAAAACAUGUUGCUUAAUCUCACUUCUGACAAACCGCGACUCUACUGUAUCACACUAGAAGUAAAGGAUAAAGCAGACAACGUUAGACAAGCAAGACAGUUCCUUCUUUAUGACAACACCUCAUUUAUUGAAACAAGGGAAAGCAAGCCAUUCAAAAUAACAUCAGCUUCAAUACAAACCAAGUUUAAAUGGCAAACUCACCACCAUGACAUCUGUCUUUCCUGGAAGGACCAUUUUUUAAAUCGCUACUACUUAGAUAAUGCUUUGUUGAAUCCGAUUGAACCGGCACCCCACGGCCUUAUCACUGGCAUCUAUGAACAAAACAGUGGUGUGCUGCCAGUCUCAGGAACUAAGAAUGUGAAUGGAAUCGUAAAGUUUAUGAUUUCUUGGAGCCUAAAUGGAGGACAUCCUACUUCCGAGAUAGUUGUGCCAGAGUUUCAAAAUCAAUCAUAUUGCAAUGAUUUCGAUGUCAAAGACGGCCAAACUUAUACAAUAGCUGUCCGUUCCAUUGAUAUUGCCGGCAACACGUAUAAGGAAAACAGAACUGUGUCUAUUGACCGAUCCGUGCCACAUAUCAACAAUAUAUGGCUCAGGAAGGACGGAUAUAAAACUCUUUUCGUACAUCAUGAAACAGAUUUAUCAACUAUGCAGCUAUAUUUUGAGGCUCUUGAUCUACACAGUGGGAUAAGGAUGGUGCAAUGGGCGUUUGGAAUAACUGACCCGGGAACUGAACUUUCAACGGGAUCAAUAAGUGUAGUAGUUCCCAACGAAAAAUCCUGUCCCACCAAUGCUGUAGAAUGUUACUGUCCGGAUGCUGGAGUCUGCGAAUUCUUCAAUUAUACAGUUCCGCUGAAUAAACUUGUUGCAGUCAAUAAACACGAGGGCGACCAUAACCGCAAUUACUAUUUCACGAUUAAGGUUACAAACCAUGCACACUUGUAUAAUAUCGAACAUGUAGAUAUCCUUGUAGACGAUUCUCCUCCUGAGGCUGGGGUAGUUUAUGAAGGUCCAGAACAUAGCAAUGACAUUGAUUAUACAAGCGAUGAGACUUUUCUAAUUAAUUGGCAUGGAUUUACUGAUCACGAAAGUGGAAUUAAGACGUACAGAAUAGGUCUAGCUGCUCGGUGCCUUGGCCAGACUGAACUUUACAAUUUUACAAGUAUUCCAGAUAUUGAAUUUUAUGUAGACGUCCCAUAUACUGAAUCGUCGCUGCGCAUUCCUGCUAAUUUUACUGGAAAGCGUUACAUAUCUAUGGUAGCACUCAACAAUGCUAUGAGCCCUUCAAAAGCAAUAUGUUCUGACGGGAUUAAAAGGGAUCUUUCUCCACCAGAAAUCAGAAAUCUUACGUUAGAACAUGGAUCAUGGUCAGAAACAAUUGUUUGUCAUGAGGGGCGUGCUUGGCUGUUUCAUUCUUCAGUGUCAAAGAUCCUUCUUCAUAAUGUAUCGAGCUGCAUUGAUAUUUGCAACGAAUCGCCACAAAAUCAUUUUCUUGCAUCAGCUCUUCCGACAAAUAAUGUUCAAAAUAUAGAUUCAGAAACAUCAGAUUUCAUGUGCCGCAGAAUGCGUAAAUAUCGGAACGACACCAUAAUCUACUUGCCGACGGAUCACAUAAACCUCGUAUGGGAUGUGGAAGAAAAUGGUAGUCAAGUUGAUGAUAACUUUAUAGGAAUUGGUAUCGACCCAUCGGAAGUAAACUCUCCAAGUAUUCACAACUAUCAAUCCACAGCGAAAAGAACUUCUUUCACGUGCCGACAUGAAGGAAUUGGAUCAGACGAAUUGUUUUUCAUCUUUCUUAAGGUUGUCAACAAAGCCAGCAUAGAAAGCGUUACAGUUCUUGGUCCCGUCUUGAUAGACGAGACUCCACCUGUUUGUACGAGUGUUCCAAAAGUUGAUGUUCUUGAGGAAAAUAUACUUGUGGGAUGGGCAAACGACACUUUCUAUGACAUCGAACAGAAGGAGCUAAUAAGCUCAAUAUAUUUUGAGAUAGGCUGUGAUAGCAUGUCGGUCACACCUUUAUUACAGUGGGACCUCGAAACGUCGAUGCCGUGCCCUCAGUUCAGCGGUGGAUGUUUCAAAUACCCCAUUAGAAGGCUACAAAUACACGACAAUGACAUUGGUUUACCAUUUUACAUUACUAUGCAUGUGUAUAAUAAUGCUGGGCAUGCCCUGACUGUGACAACCGAUAUAUUUAGAAUACCUUCACGAUAUCCACCAGGUCAUGCUAUUGUUACUGAUAGCGAUCCAGAAUGUAGAUAUAAAACAGAAGACACCAACGUGCAUUUCACAUCAAAUACACUGUGUUUUAAAUGGACUGGAUUCAAACAUCACGAAUCAGUUAAAGUCGAAGUUGGCGUAGGUUCCAACAAUUCGACAGAUGAUAUAGUUCCGUACUCAAUUCAUAAACGCACUGAGAACUUUCACUGUAUACAUUCUUCCAACAUUAAAUUUCAACAGACUUAUUUUGCAUUUGUAAAAGCUUCGUGUUCCGGUGGUGUUACCAUGUCAGCGUCAAAUGGUGUAACUGUGUUAGACAAGAGUAUGCUUAUGAAAUCAUUAACUGUACGCUUAGGAGAGAAAUGCUCAACAACCGAUGUUAUAAUGCCUGUGGUUAGAAAUCUAACACAUGCAAAUCUGUCUGUUACAUUUUCGGCUGAAGUUGGCAAACGAUACGAGCUCUUCAUCCCCACAAAUAUCAUUGAUUCUGUCUACACAAAUGACGGCAUCAUCUUCACGAAUAUGACUGACAAUUUUUCACUUUCUAUUGUGCCUUUUAUUAAAAAUCCGGUAGUGUACAUUAGUUCAAGCGGAGGUGUUAUCAAUGAAGAAAGUCAAAUACAUAUUCAUAAGUGUCCAUCGACAUUGUAUGUUGGUGAAAAUGACAUUAUCUCUGCACAUUGGUUCUACACGGAAAAUAAGGAUUACGGUUUAAUCUUUGAAGUUGCUAUUGUUAACGCGAAAAACAUGACAAGAAAUAACUCUCAGAUACACCUAACACAAUAUGAAUCUUCCACAAUCCUUACGACACACACAUUCUAUGAUGUAAAUCUGGAAGCAAAAGAGUGUUAUAAUGUGGUUGUAAAGCAAUGUUCUUAUACACAGUGUCUCGAGCCAGUCUUUUCUAGGAUGUUUUGCGUUGCCAGUUCUUCAGAAGCACGAAAUCUACACGUUUCAAGUCUCAAAAACGUUGUUGGUGCGUCAUGUUUCUUGAUAAAACUGGAGUGGAGUGCCUUUCGGAGUGACAGCAGGGUAUUGUUCUAUCAAUGGGUCGUAAGUCAGGAUAAUGCAGCAAAUCACAUUCUCAUCGAAUGGCAAACAAUAAGAGCAAAUGACACGGAAAAAUAUCAGGUACAGUCAUGUAUUGAAAUACCCGUGCAUCUACACUCAACCAUGUUUGGCUGUGUAAGGGCUCUCGACGAGGCUGGUAAUGAGGGGUUUGCAUGUCAAAGUAUUAGCAACGGACCAAAAAGAGAAUAUACACCUGAUACAGUUUACGACUUUGAUUCAAAUUCGAAGGCUUGGAAAAGUAUAAAAAUGGCACUUCCAAGCGCAGAUAUUGGACAUCUUUAUACCGUUCUACACAACAACGAAUUAGACUUUGGGACACCAGAAACGCAAGUUAUGGGUGUAAUGCUAUAUGCGACAGAGCGAAAUGUCACGUGGUAUCUUAUGUUAAAAAAUCAAGCUCCCGGAAGUUGUGAACUAAACAAAUAUUGCAUUAUGUCAAAAACAAACAAUGCCGGCUAUGUCUCUUUUGAUCAAAAUCUUAUAACACUGAAUACAUUUUACUACGUAUGUGCAUAUUCCAGUGUGACAGUAAUAGAAAGGGAGGUGUUUUCAGAAACUCUAUACGAAAUAAAUUCAUGUAGCAAUGGCUUUGUGCUUGAUAGCAAAGCUCCACGCUCUGGACGCGUAGAAGCUCGUAACACAAAUGGAUUUCUUACAAAUCUUUUUUCCAUUGAACUUGCCUGGAUUGGAUUCGUAGACGAAAUACAUGCUACAAAAUUCGGCUAUGUGGACAGCAUACGAACUUACAGUUAUGCCAUUGGGAGUCGACCAUAUGCGGACGAUAUAAGGAAUUUUACAAAUGUUGGACUCAAGAGGGGUGUUGUUAUUAAUGGCAUAGACUUACCUGAUGGAUCAGUUAUCUACUUUACCGUCAGAGCCACAGACCACGCUGGCAAUUCUGCAACAUCAGUAUCAAGCGAAUAUAUUGUUGACACUUCAUCGCCUACCCGUGGCCGAGUACAAACCCAAGGUUCCGAUAUGUACCACGACAAAAUUUUAUACGUAACCGAGGACGAGAUAGUGGUUCAUUUAUCAGGAUUUAAGGAAGAGGAAAGUGGGAUAGAUUAUUUCGAAAUUGGGCUUGGAUCUAAACCUUACCUUAUGGACAUCCUGUCAAAAACUGUUUAUUAUGAUCACGUAAUUGCUCUGAAUUUGAUUGGUUUACGCAUAAUAGAUGGACAUAUAUACUACAUAUCGGCAAAGGCUGUCAACAGAGCUGGACUAGCAUCAGAAUAUGCAACUUUGGAAUUAAUAGCUGACAAGUCGCCUCCGACAGGUGGUCACGUCUUAGACGGACUCUGGAAGGAUGUGAAAGAUGACAAUUAUCAAACAGAUCUUAGUCAUGUCAAUGUGCACUGGAAGGGUUUUAUUGAUCCCCACAGUGGAAUAGCUUACUAUCGAGUUGGGCUUGGAACAAAGGCUUACUUAGAUGACAUUGAACCAUUUUUUGAGGUUGGUUUAGUUGAAGACAUCACUUGGCAUACAGAAUUCAUUAUUGGACAUAAGUACUAUACAACAGUCGAAGCAUGUAAUGGUGCAGAUCUCUGUGUAACUCGAGCAUCUGAUGGCAUUGUAAUUGACAAUUCACCGCCAAUACAAGGACUAGUGCAGACCGGAUCAGAUGACUUUCAUCGAAAAUUUCAGUCACAUACGUCCUCAGUACAUGUCAGAUGGACAGGUUUUGAUGACCCACAGUCUGGCAUUGAUCACUAUGAUAUGUGUAUUGGAACCAAACCCGGCAGCUGUGACAUUUUACCAGACAUGAACUGCUUGUUACAGUCUAAUGUUAUCAAAACCGGUCUUAAUCUUCCGCCACAAACUGAAUUGUAUGCAACGGUCACAGCUUACAACAAAGUUCGUUUGAAUGUCACUCAAACGUCUGAUAGCUUUUAUGUAGAUGCAACACCACCUGUUAUGUCAAUCAAACCAAAUUUCGUGCUUGAAAACAACAAUAUCGCCGGAAAGAAAGGACAAUGGGAUAAAUCAGUUGUGAAAAUUUACUGGAAAUUUGAUGAUGACGAAAGUCCAAUUGCAUAUCAUGAUGUCUCACUUGUGACACAUCACGAAGGACACACUCCGGUGGAGCAUGUACAACUUAGACCAGUGAAUGAAUUCACAAUACAUCUAGAUGGCAAAUCAUGGCUUCAUGAUGGUGACACGUAUUUUGUGAUCAUUACAAGCUGCAAUCUAGCUGGUCUAUGUUCUUCAGCAAGAAGUGUUGACCUAAUUAUUGAUUCAUCUCCGCCACACCUCGGCGGAUUCAAAUCACCAAUGGUAUGGAAAAACCUGAAUACUUCCUUAGGAGAAUGGAAAUCAAAUAUAACACUGUCAUGGUAUGGGUUCCAGGACUAGGAAUCAGGUAUUGAAAGGUAUUUUGUCACAGUCAGUAAAACAUACAGUGGCCUUGAACUAACCAAUGGCGUAUCUACAGUUAACGUUUAUGGUUCUGAAAUUGAUAACAUACAUUCUUUCCUUCUAAAUGAAAGAUUAGAAAGAGAUGAUAAACUGUUUUUGACAUUAUGGGCAGAAAACUCUGUCGGUUUGAACAGUUCAUUAGCACGCGUUUCGGUAACCGUUCUAUCAUCAUCAAGUACGUUAGAUACUGCUGAGCUAAAAGGAUCACUUGAACUCGAAAAACACUCAUGUGAUAUUCAGUACUGCAAUAAAGAUUGCACUUGUGCAGUAAUUGGAAGACCGUGUGUGAAAACUGAGUCUAGCAUUAGUUGUAAAGAAGUAAAUGAGUCUGUUUCCGGUCAUACUAUUCCUUACGUUGAAGUGUUUAAUGGAAUGAAUGAAAUAUCUCCUAAUUUUACCGCUUCCUCUGCUUGCUUAACUGGAAGUUGGAAAGUAAACAAUGAAAUAAGUAACAAAACCAUUACACGUUUUGAAUGGAGUAUGGGUUUACAAGACCAGCCCGUUGGUGAAGGGGUAUUUGACUUAAAAAACGAAAUGCCUUGGAACGAUGUCGGUUUGCAGAAGCAUAUUGUGCAUUGUUUACCUUUAAACAGAAGUCAUAUUGCACGUGAAACUUAUGUCAUUUAUGUUAGAGCUUGGUUUUCCAGAAAUGAGUUCACAAUUUAUCGAUCAGCUCCAAUCACAGUGGACCAAACGGCGCCAUCUAUUGGAGGAGGUCGAGCUGUAAAUGACUCUAAUGAAUUAUGCAAUGUCGAUUUUGACGUAAUAGAUUGGAUGGAUACAAUUACUGCAUGUUGGACCGACGUCUUCUUUGAGCAGAAAGGGCGUUUCAUAUAUUAUGUGAUAUCAUUAGGAACAUAUCCGCUUGGAGACGACAUACUGAGACGAAAAAACGUUGGGCUGAAUACCAGUAUUACUUUGACAAAUAUUUCAUUGUCGCAUGGUACAAAGUAUUUUUUCUCCGUAACGGCAUACAAUAACGUAGGCUUGCAUACAACUAUUUUAUCGGAUGGUUUCGUAAUUGACAUGGACGUUCCCGUAACUGGCGUCGUUUACAACACACGGAAGCAUAGAAACUCUGCCUAUCAGUCUUCUACUUCAUCAAUCGGUAUAUCAUGGCACGGAUUUCAGGACGCGUUUUCGGGGAUACAAAAUUAUUACGCAGCCAUUUCGGAUACGCCGUAUGCUAACGAAAGCAUGAACACCACGGCAACUGGUUUAAAUACAAAUUAUAUAUUUCAAAAUUUAGCAUUAGAGCAUGGAAAAACAUACUACGGUCUUGUUAAAGCUGUAGAUAAAGUUGGACAUGUAAGCGCUGUAGUUGUUUCAAACGGUAUAACGAUUGAUACUACUCCGCCUGCUGGAUACAGAUGUGAGAAAUAUUCAGAUAUCGAACACAUAUCUAGAGGCACUAUUAGAAAUGAUGAAACAGCAAUUAAUCUGCAGUAUGCGUCUUCUUUGAAAAAAUUAUAUUAAGUAAUAGGAAAUUUGUUUUCUGGUAAUGACAAUCAAUUAAAACUUAAAAUUAAUAUAGG